AUGACCGAGGAAGCUCAGAAUGAGGUCCCCAGAGAUGUAAGACUACUUCAUCUGCUGCUGGCAUCUCAGGCGAUACAGCAAUACGAGGAUCAGGUGCCGUUGCAACUGAUGGACUUCGCCCAUCGUUACACCCGCGGUGUACUAAAGGACGCCAUGGUUUAUGGAGACUAUGCUUCAAACGACACCAAUACUGAACUUUCCGUUGAAGACGUAAGACUGGCUAUUGCAGCAAGAACUCACUAUCAAUUCAAGCCUACAGCUCCGAAGGAGCUGCUUUUGCAGCUAGCCGCAGAACGUAAUAAGAAACCACUGCCGCAAGUGGUCAAUAUGUGGGGCACUCGAUUGCCCCCGGAGAAGUACUGUUUGACAAGCAAAGAAUGGCGUUUGGACGAAGAGGUUGAUGAAAAUGGGAACAAAAUAGGCUCCUAA